CUCGUGCGUGUGCGUGUGCAUGUGUGUCCUCGGCCCAGCGCCCCGCCGAGUGCUGCCCGCGGCCCGGCGAGCGCGCGCGCGCCCGUGCGGGGUGUGUAUGUGAGUGUGUGACAGUGUGUGUCAGGUGACUCGGGUCACGCAGUCUCUCUCUCUCCCUCCUCCGGGAGGAACUGCCGCGCUCCGGCUGACUCCUCCGCCGGCGGGCGGCGCGGGGGAGGGGGCUUCGGUCGCGCUGGGAACCGCGGGACCCGGACCUGGGCGCCGCCCGCCGGGGGACGCGCGGCCCCCGCUUCCGCCGGGCCCCGCUGAGCACUAGACAAACCUCCGCUUCAGAAAUAGGCUGCGGGCGGCCGGCUAGGAGGCUUGGCCCCCACCCCGGGACCCCCGCCGUCCCCGGGUCGGCCGGCCGGUGGGCGCGAUGAGCCAGGUGCUGGGGAAGCCGCAGCCGCAGGACGAGGACGACGCAGAGGAGGAGGAGGAGGAGGAUGAGCUGGUGGGGCUAGCGGACUACGGAGACGGGCCCGACUCCUCCGACGCCGAUCCGGACAGUGGCACAGAGGAGGGAGUUCUGGACUUCAGUGACCCCUUCAGCACUGAAGUGAAGCCGAGAAUCCUGCUCAUGGGCCUGAGGAGAAGCGGCAAGUCGUCUAUUCAGAAAGUUGUCUUUCACAAAAUGUCUCCCAACGAAACACUGUUCUUGGAGAGCACUAAUAAGAUAUGCCGAGAAGAUGUUUCCAACAGCUCCUUUGUCAAUUUUCAGAUUUGGGACUUCCCAGGACAGAUUGACUUUUUUGACCCUACGUUUGACUAUGAGAUGAUCUUCCGGGGAACAGGAGCACUGAUAUUUGUCAUUGACUCCCAGGACGAUUACAUGGAAGCCCUGGCCAGGCUCCACCUCACGGUGACCAGGGCCUACAAAGUGAAUACCGACAUCAACUUCGAGGUGUUUAUUCAUAAAGUGGAUGGUCUGUCAGAUGACCACAAAAUUGAAACCCAAAGAGAUAUUCACCAGAGGGCAAACGAUGACCUUGCAGAUGCUGGAUUAGAAAAAAUUCACCUCAGCUUUUAUCUGACAAGCAUAUAUGAUCAUUCAAUAUUUGAAGCUUUUAGCAAAGUGGUUCAGAAACUGAUUCCACAACUCCCAACUCUGGAGAAUUUGCUGAACAUCUUUAUCUCAAAUUCUGGAAUUGAAAAGGCAUUUCUAUUUGAUGUGGUCAGUAAAAUUUAUAUUGCAACUGAUAGUACUCCAGUGGAUAUGCAAACCUAUGAGCUCUGCUGCGAUAUGAUAGAUGUGGUUAUUGACAUCUCUUGUAUUUAUGGUCUCAAAGAAGAUGGAGCAGGAACCCCCUAUGACAAGGAAUCCACAGCCAUCAUAAAGCUUAAUAAUACAACCGUGCUUUAUUUAAAAGAGGUGACAAAGUUCCUGGCUCUCGUUUGCUUUGUCAGAGAGGAAAGCUUUGAAAGAAAAGGGCUAAUUGACUAUAAUUUUCAUUGCUUCCGGAAGGCCAUUCAUGAAGUUUUUGAGGUGAGAAUGAAAGUAGUAAAAUCUCGAAAGGUUCAGAAUCGGCUGCAGAAGAAAAAGAGAGCCACCCCUAAUGGGACCCCUAGAGUGCUGCUGUAGGUGAGGUUUCCGGAACAUCUUUUGAAAUCAGACCUUAUCCAUGAGGCUGCUGCACCAUGUUGCACUAAGGGAAGAGGAAGAAGGAGACUGGGACACAUACCAUGGAUUUGUUGUUAAAAAAAAAAAAAAAAUUCCUGCAACCCUCUUGAUCUUCUCUUUUAUAAAUAAAGUAAGCACUUUGAAGCAAAAACUUGUAUAUUAACAGUGAUGUGAAUUCCAUUGUCAUUUCAUUACACAAAUGUAAACUUUUAUGGUCUGUAGUCAAAAAAAUCCCGUGUGAGAACUGCCAGGAACUGUACAUAUUUUGCACUUUUUCAUGUUUCUCAUUGAACUGAACUUUGAUAAAACGACUUUUCUAAGCUUUUUUUCUGUACUUGGUGUCAAGGACAUGCAUACUGUAGUCCAUAUCUAUAUGGCAAUCAGAAAUUAAUCAAAAAGUGAUGCAUUGGUAAUGACUUUUUGUAAAUUUGGAAAUCUUUGCUACCAAUUGUUGAGAAAAAUCAUUUCUCAGUGGAGCUGGAACAGAUUGGAGCUACAAGCUCCAGGAGCAAUAAGAACUGUCACCUAUUUAUAAUGGGUGUAAACAGUUUUGUAGAAUAAUGUUAGCACCAGACUUACCUAAAAAUUUCUAUAGCAGUGGCUGUGCUUCCCUGCUCAACGGUUUUUAUGCAGCUCUUUACCUCAACACACAUCUCUAUAAUUGCUUUAUACAGAGAGGUUAUUUCUUUUUGUUGCAUUAUUAUUCUUUUGAAACUUUGGGACCAGAUUUCCAAAAUGGUGCCGAUCACUGGAGAGAAAUAAAAAUGUCACUGAAUUGCAGGGUUUCUGGAGGCUUUUCUGUACCUGCCACCCAGGGCUAAAGUAACAUCAGAGGCCUAAAGUUGUCCCAAAAGUAUGUGAUUGGCAACUGCAGACUAAAAAACAUAUAUACAAUUCUGGACUUUUGGCCCUGUGCGAUGGUCUGGUGUGCCACAUUUAAAAUGCUUAUUCAGGACCAGUUCUUUAUUGCUCCAUGACCAUAGUGAAUAGAACAAAUCGCAGAUCCCCACCAUGGAGCUCAAUCCUGUUAGUCAUUUUUGUCACCUCCACAUCUCCUUCUCACUGGUAAUAACAUGCCUCAUGCACUCCACUUGUUCCCACCUUGUGAUUGAGCCAAGCUCAGCCUGCCACCAGCAUGCUCUGCAAGGCUGAAGAGUCAUCCUGAAGACCCCUAAAGGUCAGCGGGAAGAGGAUGGCUGGAGAGACAUUACAAUUAGCUGUGUAAUUGUUUCUGUGAAAUUAUUUCACUUAUGUUUACUUUAGACUAACAGGAAAUUAAGAGUCCUAAAUCUACCCCUAUGCCAAAUCAUUCCAAGUAGAUAAUUUUAUGUGCAUCUCAAGGGUUAGCACCCUAAGGCAUGCUUGUGGGGCAUUAGAAAAUGAGAUUUUUUUUUUUUUUUUAAAGCAGAGCCUCCUAAGAACAUCAAAGUUGGUCCUAGCAAAUAUAUAUAAAGUCCCUAAAGCAACUUGUACUUGAAAUUUUUUUAGAGGGGGGCCUCAUUCUGUUGCUUGUGCUGGAGUACAUUGGUACAAUCAUAGCUCACUGUUACCUCUUGGGCUCAAGGGAUCCUUCCACCUCAGCCUCCCUAGUAGCUAGAACUACAGGUGUGCACCACCGCACCCGGGUAAUUCUUAAAUGUUGUUUUUGUAGAGACAGGAUCUCACUGUGUUGCCCAAGAUGGUCUCAAACUCCUGGUCCUAAGCAAUCCUCCUGCCUUGGCCUCCUCGAAUGCUGAGAUUACAGGCCUGAGCUACCGUGCCCAGCCUAAACUUUCCCACUUCUCUCUGUGGCUUCUUUCCAGCCUCUCUCCUUCCUCUCCCCAAGUCUUGUUUCUUUGAAGCUGGUAACUGAAUUUAAGAUGAUAUCUGGUUGGGGUUUGAGGUUUGAGCCUCCCAAGGGUCUGUGCAUUUUGAAAGGAGAUUUCUAAAAAUAAUUAAGGUGCCCUAACUCCUUUCCUCGUGAUUCCUGCUCCGAAACCUGGAUGGUUAGGAGCCCAGGGCUCCCUGAUUUCCAGAGCUAGAUCGUGUUGGACCUUUGCCAACAGACCUGGCACUUAUGGGUUACUGUUAUAAAUCUAAUUCUCUAAUAUUUUUUACAUGUUGUUUCACUUUGAAUAAGCAAAUGAAGAAUCAGUUUUCUAAUAUGACUUUAUCCUCAAGCUGGAGACACUAGCCUAUUUGGUAAAUCACACAUUACUUAGGUAUAUUUAUUACUAUAACCAGGUGGGGCUUCCAUGUUUAAGCUGGGUAUAUGAUGGGUUUUUGUUAAAAUGUGCCUUAAAAAGCCUAUUACUUCAAGAGCAAAUGAUUCUUUGGGGGAAAGGCAAAAAUAAUUCUAUGACAUAGGGCCCAAGUUCAUGGUAGUAAGUGCACUCUUUGAUUAAUCACAUGCUAAUAUAGAUUACUGCCUCUAACUUUGUAAGUGUGGCAAUGAUUUCUUAAAGAAAGAUCCAGGAGUUAUGUCUAAGCGUUCAGUUUUUCAAAUCUGUGUUAUUGGAAGUGUCUUCAAGUCAUUUUGCAUUGUAUUUUUGAUAUGAGAGGCAGCUUAUUGCGAUGUGUAUGGCCAUGUUUCAUUCUCAAAUUUAAUUCUAUAAAUACAAAGCCUAAAUACAUGGCUACAGCAACUGCACUGGAACAUUUUUGCUUGGUUUUAGAGAUUGAGAACUUUUUUUGUUUGUUUGUUUGUGACGGAGUCUCGCUCUGUCGCCCAGGCUGGAGUGCAGUGGCACAAUCUCGGCUCACUGCAAGCUCCGCCUCCCGGGUUCACGCCAUUCUCCUGCCUCAGCCUCUCCGAGUAGCUGGGACUACAGGCGCCCGCCACCACGCCCGGCUAAUUUUUUUUUUGUAUUGCCCUGCAGGUUUCCUUCCUCAAAAGGAGCAGGGCAGUCCUUUGCCUAUUGAGUCAAUUAGAACUUUUACAUAGAGGUGAGACUGUGAAUUAUUUUGGUUAUUUUCAGUGACGUAGAUUAGUGUGAAUGACCAGGGUGGAAUGUUUUUGAAGGAAUAUAAAGCAAAAACCGGUUGACAUUCACAAACUGUUCUUUUGCGAACAUAUUUUGGACCCUUAAAUAUGACUAAAAUCACAGCAAUAUUGUUACAUACGGGUUAUAUGCCAACUCUGUUUGAAAUAUACUCUGGAAAAACAGCUGAAUUGUCUUGGUUAUUAAAGUAUGGUAUGCAUUCAA